GUGGUGGGUUGUGAGAUUGAUUCUUUAGCCGAAUAAUUAAAAUUCUAACCAUUCCUUUAUUUUGGACAUCAGCAUGUGGGUUAUUUAAGUGGUGUGUCAUCACAAUGAAAAUAUCUUCACAUACGUUUCUCAUAUGCCUAUUGAUUGAUUUCCCACACAUGGUAUUGCUAGGUUAUGACAUCGAUAUUUUUUUUUCAUUCUUUGAAGUUUUUGUUGGUCUGACUUUUGGUUUGUCCUAUAUGUUAUUUUCUUGUUUUGUUUGUUUUAUUUCUUUUUCUGGGCAAGCAAGCAGUUGGUGAUUCAUUCUCAGGUUGAUUUUUUUUGCAAACAUAAUUAGAUUCCCAGUUGUUGCUUUAUUUUACUAUCAGAAUCCAGCCUUAGGAUGCUCUCAUGGCACAUAGGCUCUUUAAACAAUUUGCCAUCACAGCGAAAAUAUAUUUGCAUAUUCUUAGGAAUUCUUAGGAUGUUGAGUACAAUUUGGUUUUCCCUAGCAAAUUGUGUUAAAUAUUGUUUACUCAAUGUUGUUGAUGUUCUUGUUCAUUCUUGGGAAUUUUCUCAAUAAUUUGACUAUAAUCUUGUUCCAGAGAUUGGACUUUACCUUUGGUUUAAUUCAUUACCAGGAAGUAUUUGACAUGUUGACUUGUAGUCAAAUAUGUCAAUCAGUGUUCCAUUAUUGUGUGAAAACAUUACUGAAUUAUUUCUUAUUUGCAUUUAGUAUGUAUCACUGGUGAAUCCGUCCAUCAGCGUUGAUUGUGAGAUUCUGCGAGAUUGUUAUGAGGCCUUUGCCAUGUACUGCUUCGGAAGAUACCUUGUUGCUUGCCUGGGUGGUGAAGAGAGAACAAUUGAAUUUUUGAACAGACAAGGUGGUGUCACCUCUAAGACAACCUUACUACAGAAUGCUUUUGAGAAGGGAGUAAUAAAGCAUCCUUUUCCAAUGAACUAUUUUUUGAAACCAUGGAGAUUAAGCGAGUGGUUUUACCAGAAUAUCAAGAUUGGAAUUGUUCAAUAUAUGAUAAUAAAGACUUUUACUGCGAUUUUAGCUGUGGUUCUUGAAGCUUUUGGAGUAUAUUGUGAAGGAGAGUUUAAGUGGAAAUGUGGGUACACCUAUAUGGCUGUAGUUCUCAAUUUCAGCCAGUCUUGGGCAUUGUAUUGUUUGGUCUUAUUUUAUGCUGCUACAAAAGAUGAACUAGCUCAUAUAAAGCCACUUGCCAAGUUCCUCAUGUUCAAAUCAAUAGUUUUUCUAACAUGGUGGCAAGGUGUGGCGAUAGCUCUACUUUAUAGUUGGGGUUUAUUUAAAAGCCCCAUUGCACAAAGUUUGCAGUUUAAAUCAAGUGUGCAGGACUUCAUUAUUUGUAUAGAGAUGUUUAUUGCUUCGAUUGUGCAUCUCUACGUGUUCCCUGUUGAACCGUACAAGCUAAUGGGUGAACGAAUUACUGGUGGUGUAGCUGUUCUUGGAGACUAUGCAUCUUUAGAUUGCCCUUUAGAUCCUGACGAGGUCAGGGACAGUGAGAGACCAAUAAAGCUUAGGCUGCCCCAACCUGAUCUUUCUAGCAAGAAUUCCACAGCUAUUAGAGAAAGUGUUCGGGAUGUAUUUGUUGGAGGAGGAGAAUAUAUUGUGAAUGAUUUGAAGUUUACGGUCACGCAUGCAGUGGAACCCAUGGGGAAGGGUAUGAAAAAUUUCAACAAGAAGCUACACAAAAUUUCAGAGAACAUAAGAAAGCAUGAAAAGGGUAAGUUAAAAAGCAAGGAUGACAGUAGCAUAGGUUCAUCUUUGCCAACUAGCCAAGUUCGUGGAAUCGAUGAUCCGCUCUUAAAUGGAAGUGUUAGCGACAGUACAGGUAAGAAAGGAAGAAGGCAACUAAGGAAAUCCGGAUAUAGAAGUGCAGAGAGUGGCGGAGAAAACAGUGAUACUGGCCAUGGUAGGUUUGAGGUGCAUGGAGGCAGGUGGAUCACUAGGGACUGAGGAACCAAUUCCUUUGUUUGCAUAUGCCAAGAACUCAAAUUAUCUGUCUCUGAGAUGCGCAAAGUAACAUAUGAAACAAAAUGGCACCAUUCUCGGGAUAAAAUGGAAGAAGCAUUUUUCAUUACAACAAGAACUCUUCCUGUUUCCUUGGAUGGCUUAAGUGAAAAGGUACAGCCCAUCUCACUCAGAAAUCUGGCACCAAUGAACGUAAUCUUAAAGUGUCGUCAAGGCCCAAAGAAUUCACCUUUCGAAUCUUUUGAUGUAUAUUAUACCAGCACUUGAAUCAACAUACUCCCUUUCCUAUAAUAGAAAUAUUUAUUCCAUGGAUUUUUUAAA